GCACGCUUAAAAGAUACUCAAUUGACCAUUGUGAAAUUUAAAAUUUAAUGCGACUUACCCCUACUUCCGGCGAGUCGGGGACGGGGUGAGACGCCAUUUGGAGAUCAUUUGGAGAUCAUUCCCUUUUCGUGCACGGUGACAACAACACGCGUCAACUUUAAAACUAGUUGAAGAAAGAAACAAUGUCGAAACGAAGCGCUGAAGAACAAAUAAUACAUUACGAACGCAAGAUCAGAAAAUUAAGAGAACGCAAAAUUGGACGACGUCGCCGAAUUCGAAUCAUAUCAGAUUCUUCGGAUAAUGAAGAUGUUGAAGUUUCGGAGCAAGGCCUUGCGCCACAAAUCACUGAGCCGGAGCCCGACGUGGAGCCCGAGGUCACGCCCGAUCCCGAACUCGCUCCGGACCUUGGUCCUUUACCAGAUACAAGAGACCAACCAGGUGAUCCAGAGUUGGACCCUGAUCUUUUAGAAGCCCUCGCCCUCAAUCCACAAGCAACCGCUCUUCAAACUCGGGAAACUGGUCCGGCCCGCCCCGGUAUUCGUCGAUUCGCGGCAACCGAGGCGGGAAGAAAACAACAUCGCAGAACCGUCGCUCAUACCCGAGCUCGUCGCAACAGCAGUCAGCGUCGAAGCCCGCAGCAGCGAACAAGCCGCGUGCUCCGGCAACGCAGUAACUCAGGUGUGUCAGAGAAAACUGUAACAAGAAUCACAAAAGAAGGUAUAACAGCGGCGAGUACUUCGAAAAAAAUUGUCACCCCAGGGAAGAGUCGCCCGCAUCCGAAAAAGUUCGACUUUUCUGACCAUGGAUCAGGACUCUGGUACAAGUGGUGGAGGCCAACUAAGAAGGAAAACCUUACAAAUCUACCACCGCGAGUAUAUGAAGAUGUUAAAGAAAAUCGAAGCCAAGACCCUGAGUUCCCAGCAACAUUUUCGCUUAAAGUUCUCAAAUAG